GUUCCGCCUCUGUCCGACAGGCGGCAGCACAUCAGUCGGAGGAAGAAAGCGAAACUCCUCAAUGAGUUCACCUUCAGAUAAAUAGUGUGUCCCUUCUUCUUCUUGUUAAACAUCUGUCUGCUGUCUUUGAAAACAUGAACGGCUCCCUGUCCUCCAAGAUGUUGGACAUAAAGCUGAAGCGAGGCUCUGCAGGCUUGGGAUUCAAUAUAGUGGGGGGUGUGGAUCAGCAGUAUGUGCUGAAUGACACUGGGAUAUACGUGUCCAAAAUUAAAGAAGAUGGAGCAGCUGGUUUGGACGGACGACUCCAGGAGGGGGACAAGAUCCUGGAGAUAAACGGGGUGAAGCUGGAGGGUCUGACACAUAAAGCCACGGUGGAUCUGUUCAGGACGUCCGGAGAGGACGUGCAGCUGUUGAUUCUGAAAAAGCCCCAUCACUCAAACGGACCGCUGGGCUCCGGACCCGAUCACAACGCCCCGCUCUCAGCUCUGGGGAUCCUGGUGGCCCUGGCCGGAGCCGCAGCCUUCUGUGCUUUCAUUUACAUGCGGCACCAAAGGAGGCACUUUUAACACAGCCUGUAGAAUAAAUCCUUUUUUUAAGAUCAAAAAACGUUGCUAGAGGCCAAAGAAAAGAACGAGGGAACAAACUCUGUUGUUUUUUUGUUUCUGAUUAGCAGCUGCUGGAGUUUCUCCACGUGUUUAAAGAGAUGGUAGCUUCUUCCCAGGCUGCCCUAUGCAAGCAGAAGUAACUCUAAAUAGUGAUUGUGAGGAGCAGAGGAAGGAAAAGCAUUCCCGCUGCCGGGCUGAGCUCAGGCAGAACACACGGCCGCCGUACACAGAAACAGUUUAUGCAAAAAAAUAUAAAUCCUCACGCUUUGGGGUCCUUUUACAAACUGAAAGACAAAUAUCUAAGCUUUACUUUCAGUUUGUUUGGGUGAAAAAUGGUGGUUUUCAUCUUGCACUGUUGCACAGAAUCAUGGGACGAGUUAAAAAAAAGAAGCCUGCAGUUAAUGCUAUGAAUUGAAAUGGACUUCGGUGCCUUUUUCUUUCAGUCUAUUCCGAAAACCGUAAUGAAAAUGAAAAUGUACAUCCAUAAAGGGGCAGGAAUGAUUCUUAAAAAGACGUAAACACUCUAUGGCACGGAGCAAUACAAUAUAUCAGCCAUUAUAUCUUAGUAAAAUCACUUUAUUGUUGGUAUUCAGUGAGAAAAAUAUAUACAUUAUCACCAGAUUUAUCCCGUAAAGCAACGUAUCACCAGGUAUUUUCACGUUGAGAGUUCAUAGGUAUAAGUGUCACACGGUCACUCAGGGUGAACCAUCAAAUCUCUACAUAAGAAACAAAUCAUUCCUUAAAUUAAAAUUAUAACGCUUAUUAUAAUCUGUUGUGAUGGAGGAUCAUCGUGUGAAGGAUGGACCGCUCGAUGCUGAGAGCAGUUCAACGUAAAGCAGAGUUUUUAAAGAGUUGCUGUCAACAAUUCAAAUGUUUUUUUGCACUAGCCACAAUCAUGGAGCUCCUGCAGUAUCUUACAUAGAAUAGAUGAAUGAGUGAAUGACCAAGUUUUAUGUCUCCUGUUGUCUGUAAAUACAUUUCAUGUCGCUCUGCUGAGUGGGGUUGUGAAUAUGUGCAUUAUGCCAGAAAAAAAACACAGAUCAGAAGCACUAAUGAAUAAAUUAUGCAAAAUAUUGUGAUUACCAUCUAAGGAACUUACUGUAUUAAAAUUCAUGUUGAAUUCA